AUGUUGAACCGAGCGAGGAAAGCAAAACAGGCAAGAGAGUUUCUAUACACACACAACAUAGCUCGUGCGGCUUCAGGCGUGCCACCUCUUCGAUGGGACAAAGGUCUAGCUCGAUUCGCUGAUAAAUGGGCCAAACAACGUAAAUCCGAUUGCAGUAUGUUACAUUCCGGUGGACCUUACGGCGAGAACAUUUUCUGGUACCGGGAAAAUAGUAUGUGGUCGCUUGGAAAAGUGGUGAAGAGAUGGUCUGAGGAAAGGUUUAACUACGACUCGAAAACAAAUACAUGUGCAUCGGGCAAGAUGUGCGGCCAUUACACGCAGAUCGUGUGGCGUUCCACGACAGCCGUUGGAUGCGCACGUGCGAAGUGUAGUAACAAUCGUGGGUAUCUUGUAGUGUGUGAAUAUAAUCCAAUUGGAAAUUACGAAGGUGAAAGCCCUUUCGAUCGGAUACAAUAA